GUAAUAUUUUCCCACCAUUCACACACAUAAUAUAAUAAAUGAAUAUAAUAGAACACUUUCUGCAUUAACAGCGCCGUCCGGUUAAUACAUAAUAAAAGCGUAAGUCUAUUUUAUAUUUCAUACUUAACAAGAACUUGGCAGAUAAUACUAUAGCGUUUGGCCUUGGUCAUUGGAGUUAAUAAAAGUGUCAAUGCUGUAUAAACGUAGACUAGCUAUGCCUGUCACAUCUUAGACACGUUAUCUAUUUUUCCGCUUCUUUCACAGACUUCUCGAUGAAGCAUAGAGGAAGACGGAGGAAUUGCAUUUCAUUGAUUCCAUACUUCUACAAACAAGAGAUUGCUCAAAAUUUCGGACAGAACUCAUUGAUGCGGGUGAUGGAUCAUUACAUAGGUUAUUGGAUUAUACAAAUUGUGGAAUAGCUUGGAUAGAUAGGCGGAACAACUAUGCAAAGAGGCUUACUGUUGUUACCCGGGAUUAAACAGUGUAUUCCGUCGCGAGGAUAUAAUUUAUUUGAUAAAUAUAUUUUAUUAUAUUUUAUUUUUGUGAAUGAAUAAGGGAUGAUUACAGAUGUGGUGAAAGAUUAAAAUAUCAUAAUAAAUACUUUUCAAAUCUUUACAAGUGAUUUUCAUCAUGAAUUGGAAUAAAAUACGGCAGUUGAAAGAUGUAUCAACUUGGGAAAUAAGCGGAAAAGUUGUGAUAGUGUUAAUUGUGAUCUUUUGUCAGUGUUGUGUAGUAAAUACAAAACAAGAUGUAGUACUACAAAUUAUAAUGCCUUUUCGGUCUACAGUUGAGACCAAGUACCAGUCCACCCAUGUUUUAACCAAGGAAAGAAUUAAGCAUGGCAGAGAAGUUGAAUACAGAAAUUUACGUCGGCAAUUCACUAUUAAUUCUUGGCUAGAUUUCACAAAAACCGAAUCGCCGUCGGAAAUUUUGUCAUUGUUUUGUAAUGAAGUGUUUACGAAACCAGUGAAUACAAUUUUAAGUUUAAACCAUGGUGCGGGGACGGAGGCCUCAAAUAAUUAUAUACUUAAACUGGCGGACCAUUUAGGAUACCCCGUCAUCAGCUGGGACCCCCACUACCCAGGUGCUUUACAGAGUAAUGAAGAUUCCAGAGUUCUCCAAAUUGCCCCAACUAUAUACCAUCAAUGUCAAGCCAUAUCAAAAAUACUAAAUCGUUAUAAUUGGACAGACUUUUCUGUUGUAACAACAAAGAUAACUAGUCACGUGGAUUUUAUCAACUGUAUGAGAGAUAUGAUAGCAAGAACUAGUGUGUCACAAGGAUUUACAACAAAAGCAAAAUUCAACAUUCUGUCAUCUGUAACUGCGGAUUUUGGCGAUAUGGAUGAUUACAUGCAGAGAAUGGCGUCAAUUGAAGCUGCUUUGAUGGUUGUUAAACAGUCUGACUCACGUGUCAUUAUACUUCAUGCAGAGGAAACAGAAGCGUUGGACAUUAUGGACGCUGCUAAAGAAAUCGGACUUACAGAAGCAAAGUAUAUGUGGCUUCUCACGUCAUCAAGUAUCGGAGGCAUCGGACGGGGAACACAAUUUCCAGUUGGUAUUCUAGGUAUAAUGUAUAAUGAAACAGACGCCAUGGUAGAAGAAGCCAUUAAAACAUCUAUAAAGAUAUGGGCUCUAGGACUAGAAAAGAUUGCAAAAGAUCCAAAAGUUGCGCAAUUGGCAAUGCAUCCUAAUCAUAGUUGCAAUGUAGCACGUCGUGAGGAGUGGAAGAAUGGACACAUGAUGUAUAGAGCUAUGAGGGACGUUGUUAUUAAAGACCCACCGGUAUCCUUUAGUUCCAAUGGCGUCAUACAACAUGUUAAAUUUGAAAUAUACAAUGUGCGGCCUCCUACCUCGCCAAUGAAUAUCAAGUACAGAAUGAAUGAAUUUGCUGCGGUCGGUACGAUAUCUCCGAAGAUGGUAAAGGGUAAAAUGGACAUGCAGAUUGAAAUGGAUGAAAUAGUCUGGCCUGGAAAUGCUGUGUUUCCACCGAAAGGCAAACCGGAUAAAAGAUUCUUUAAGAUCAUAACACUUAAAGAGGAACCGUAUAUAGUGUACGUGCAACCAGAAGCAGAGACAGGCAAAUGCGGGCCACAUGCAGUCCCUUGCCAUCUUAAUUACGAUCCAAAGAAGCCAAAUCAGUACCCUAAUGCAACUAUAACAGAUGGUCUAGUCGAAUGGUGCUGUACCGGCUUGUGUGUUGAUUUACUGAAAAUACUAAGUACACGAAUGAGUUUUGACUACGCAAUGUACGAAGUAUCAGACGGUGAAUGGGGUCUGAAACAGGAGAAUGGUGAAUGGACAGGGUUGGUUAAAGAUAUGGCUGAACAAAAGGGUGAUAUGGUUAUCACAUCAAUAAAAAUAUCCCACGAGAGAGCGACUGCAAUGGAUUUCUCCACACCAUUUCUGGAAACUGGUAUUACAAUAAUGGUUGCUCUCCGGAAGGGAGCAAUUUCCGCCACAGCAUUUUUAGAGCCGUACGAUUAUCCAUCAUGGUGUUUAAUUCUUGUGUUCAGUGUGCAUGCAACUGGGGCGUCGAUCUUUAUCUUCGAGUGGAUGAGUCCUGCUGGUCUCGAUAAAGGACGACGAUCAUUGAGAGAUCACAAGUUUUCACUGUUCCGCUCUUUUUGGCUAAUCUGGGCAAUGCUUUUUGGAGCAUCUGUAUCAACCGAUAAUCCAAGAGGUAUGUCAAGCAGGUUCCUAGCGAAUGUAUGGGCCCUGUUUGCGUUAGUGUUCCUUGCCAGCUACACAGCAAACCUAGCUGCCUUUAUGAUUACGAUCGAAGAAUAUUAUGACCUUAGUGGUAUAGAGGAUUGGCGGUUAAUGAAACCGACAUCGGUGACUCCACACUUCAAAUUUGCAACAAAGCCUGGUGGUAGCACUGAAGAUAACCUGAGAAAGAACUAUCCAAGGAUGCACCGAUAUAUGCAACAAUACAACAAAACUGAAGUAUCAGAAGGAAUACAUGCACUAAAAGUUGGUGAUAUACAUGCAUUUAUAUAUGACGCAACUGUUCUUGAAUAUCUAGCCGGCAAAGAUAAAGAAUGCAAUUUGAUAACUGUUGGUAAAUGGUAUGCUAUGACAGGAUACGGAGUUGGAUUUCCUAAAGGUUCUCCAUACAUCGAGGAAGUCAACACAAUCAUACUGGAGCUACAAAAUAACGGAGAACUCGACAGAUUACAGAAGUUUUGGCUAGCCGGUGCAUGUCAUGCCAUGAAAGAUAAGAAGGAUAAGACGAGUCAGCAAAUUGGAAUACUUAACUUUACCAGUGCUUUUAUCUUACUUGCUGCUGGAGUGACUUUGGCAACUAUAUUAAUGUUAUUGGAACAUUUUUACUUUAAAUUUGGAAGAAGAUGUUUAAAGAAAUACGACAAAACUGGCUGUUGUGCACUUGUUAGUCUUAGCAUGGGUAAAUCAUUAACAUUUGAACAAUCAGUAUUAGAUGCUGUUGAAUAUCAGAAAAGACAUAAGUGCAAAGACCCUCUUUGUGAAACACAGCUAUGGAAAGUUCGACACGAACUUGAUUUGGCGCUAAUUAAACUUGAGCAACUGAGGGAUGAAUUAGCACCAAAUGAGUCUUCUUGUAAGGAAUAUACUAACCCUUGCAUUGACAUUACUUCCGAGGACCAGUACAAAUCUCCUACUCUAAAUGGAACAUCUAAUGCUCAAAAUUCUAAUCAGAGUUCGGGCCCUUUGUACGAGGCUCCCGACUCAUUAAGACAACCUGCAAAUAAUCAUGUGGGGAAUUCAAUACCAUGUGACAUUCAAAAUCGUGUUUUUGAGCGACCAAGAAGAGUUUCUCCUCCUCUUGUCGGAGAAAACAAUAAAGACAAAUCGGAUUUAGACAAAAAACGUUCGCAAUUCCGUCGCUCACCAAGUUACACUAAUGCAAUAUCAGUUGACAGUACUGAUUCAAAAGACGUUAGUACACUAAAUACAAUUGAACCUCCGCCGUGUUACACAGAGGCAAGCCCUAAACGGUGUCCGUCAUAUUCUCAGGCAGUGGAGGAAUCACCUCUACUCUCCAGAAACAACAGUGAUAAACAUAACUUGAAAACGAAAUUUUUUGACGGGAAAUAUUAUGUUGGUGUAGUUCGUGAUACAGAUGACAGUGCUUUAUAAGUAUUAGAUUAUCCAGUUUUAUCCCAUCCAUUUCAUGUCAAUAUAUGUUAAUCUUGAUGAAAUUUACAUGUUUGAACAUGUUAAGUGUUGUUGUUUUCUCGUUUUUUUGUUAACCAGUAAAUCCUUUUGUUAACCUUAUAAACAUAACAUCUACUGUUUAGGAGAGAAGUGUAAGGAUGAAGGGAAAGUAUGCAAAAAUAAAUUAUGAGAUAUUGUUGAUUUGAGUUGCAUCACAAUUUAUUAAUUAAAAAUCCUUUCUUUCAAAUUCAGUCUUUGCUCUAAAAAAGGGCAAAAAUAGUUUUUAUUAAUACAUUAAGAGCAUGAUUGAUGCUAAUCACGUGACGAUAGCAGUUUUUGGACUGUAAAAUGAAUUUUCAAGAAAGUAGUAAAACAUAAACAAGAUAAAAUUGUGUCUUCCAUACAAUAUUAUACAAUUAUUGACUAGUGUACCAUUGAAUAUGAUGUGAUAUUCACCGGCAGAUGACAUAUUGAAUAUAACAUCAUAUUCAUUGGCACAUUAGUCAAUAAUUGUUUUAUUAUAUAAAUAGGCGAUACGAACUAAUAAAUCACAGAAGGUACAAUUUUAUACAUGGACAAGUUUUGCCUGUUUCGUUGAAGCGCGGGGAAAAGGACGCACGUGUAAGGAGUGCAACAACAGCUGACAAAAGUAAUUCAUGUUUAUACUUAUCACUGCGCUGUUCCUUUUAACUGUAAUAGUAAACUAAUGAUGUUUUAAUCUAGAAAUAUACUUUAAAGAACAAAAUGCAACAAUUAUUUUUUAAUAAGCACGCGUAAAUAGUCUACGAUAUAUGGUCAUUGAAUAUGACUCUCAAUCUAUAUUUAGACUGGGAAAAUCAAAUUCAGUCAGUUGAUAUGAUACUACAUUCAGAGAAUAUGAUUCUAUAAAAAGUUCUGUUGACUACUGUUUGGAUCAAUGAGAUUGCAGCUAUAUUUAAAUCAUAAAACGAAGCUAAUUUGUGGCCAAACGGUAAAGAAUGGUUCAGAUAUAUUAGUGCGGCUCGGGAAGAUUUAACAGGAGAGAAAAGUAAAAGCUUUUUACAAAUAAAAAGUAUAGUUUUAUUCAUUAUCAGGAACAUGCCGUUUUAACACAGUUUUUAUUGUUCAAAAUUUUGGUUAGUUUUUAUAGUUAGUUGUUUAGUUACCUACAUAAUGUAAUGAUGAUUAUUUAGACAAAGGUGUUAUAACGGACUGCUUGUAUCAAUUUACUGUUUGCUGUUAUUUUUUAUGCAUUCCAAAUAAGCAUCUAAAUUUAUGACCAGGCUUAUAAUAAGCUUAAUUUGUGUGUUUAGAUUGCGUUCAUUCAAUGCCAUUCUUCCUGGUUUAUCUUUCGUUAAUUUUUGUCCUUUCUUUGACAAAAUCAUACUAGUCAUUAUAACAUUAAUAUGCUGUUUAUCUUUUAUAAAUCUAUUCAGUGGAUGGAAUUCAGUGAAUGGUGCUGGUCCUUCUCCUGAUAUAUCACAACAUGGAUGUGUUGAUUACAACAUAAGCGUGUUGUCAAUAUAAAGAAUUAAGUAAAUAUAUGUAUAGCUACUGUAUAUUUGUGAUAAUACAUGUAUGUAUAUAAUAAUAUUACAACUGUAGUCUCAUGAUUUGUAUUAAGUAGUUUAUUAUUAUGUGAUUUUGCUUAGCCAUGAAAUGCCUGUCGUACCUAUUUUUAUGCAUAAGAUUUUUGUUGUUUUUCUUAAAGAAAGCAGUUACAAACAACCCAGGCCGUAAGCAAUUAGAUU